AUGGAGAAGGUGAUACUGAUUACCGGCGCAGGUGGUUUCCUAGGAGGAAAGCUCGCGAGUGCAAUUCACGAAGACCCGGAGUUGACAGACUUUCGUCUCAUCCUCGUUGAUGUUAUCGAGCCCAGGGCUCCACCACAUUCAAAUGCAAUCACAAUCAAGGCGGAUUUAACAGACCCUGCGCAGGCCGACGCCUUGUUCAAUACCCAAUAUGGCGUGUACGACACCGUGUACUGCCUUCACGGAAUCAUGUCGCGCGGGUCGGAGGAUAAUUUCGAUUUCGGAGUCAAGGUGAACGUUGACUCAGUCCGCGCCGUCCUGGACGCCGCACGGCACCAUGGGCAGAAGACAGGACAACUCAUCAAGUUUAUAUUCACCUCGUCCCUCGCCGUGUACGGAGGGCCUCUCCCCGACGUCAUCCAGUCCGACACAAUCGCCACGCCACAGAGCGCAUACGGCAUGGGCAAGCUCGUCGAUGAGAUCUUCAUCAACGAAUACACCCGCCGGGGCUUCGUCGACGGGCGCAUCCUCCGCCUGCCCACCAUUGUCGUGCGCCCCGGCGCGCCUUCAGCCGCAGCGUCCUCGUUUGUCUCGGGCAUCAUUCGGGAGCCCCUCCAGGGCCUUGAGUCUGUAUGCCCCAUCGGCGACUCCCUAACCUCUCCCGAACUCGACCUUCCCCUCUGGCUCGCGAGUCCCGACGUGACCAUCCGUAACUUCCUCAUCACGCGCCAGAUCUCCGCAACCCGCCUCCUCGCGCACACCCGCGUCGUGUGCCUCCCCGGGUUCACCGCCACCGUGCGCGAGGAGAUCGCCGCGCUGGAGGAGGUGGCGGGCGAGGAGGCCGUCACGCUGAUUAAGUUCGAGGACGACCCGACGAACCGCCGCGUCGUCUCCUCGUGGCCGUCGCGGUUCGACAACUCGUAUGCGCUCAGUCUGGGCUUCGUCGCAGAUGGGGGCGGGAUGGUGCCCAUCGUCCGUCGGUUCCAGCAGCAGCUCAAAGCGGGAAGCGUAUGA